AUGAAGAUAUAUAACAUAUUUUUCAUUUUGUCCGCUGUUGUUUUAAUAGCAGUGGUAGUGGUAGAAUGUGGGCAUACAUUCCUUGGUACGAAUAUUCAGAGACCAUUAGUUCAACAUCACCGUGCGAAAUACAAUUCUAAUAUUUUCCGUAAGAGAGUUGAAUAUUACAAUUUCACACUGCCAAGAAAUUAUAUUAUUGUUGGAGGAUCAAUUAAGGGUAUCCUGGCAUACGACUUGACAUAUAGCGAGGCAUCAGCGAAUGUAACACAGGGGGGCGUCGGAUACAACUAUGUAACACUACGUAUGAAGAGCGAACGCGGAAAAGAAUUAAAUUACAACAUCUACAUUUAUGCUUGAAAUUAAACGUCAUUCAUUACUUCCUUGUAUCUACUUUAUUACUUACUUGUACUUAUUUAAGGCUCUCAAAGCACAAUAUUUUUAUCAAUAGCGAUUGGUGAUAUUU